GGGACGCGCGCGUCGCUUUCCUUGUCGUGGCGACCGCCACCGCUCACGCUGGUUCUGGGGGCGGGGCUGUAAGAAUUGGAGUAAAGCCGCUGAGUGAAGUGAGAAUUCUACUAGAGGAAAUGGCUGCCUCUUCAUCCUCCUCCUCAGCUGGUGGGGUCAGUGGAAAUUCUGUCACUGGAUCUGGUUUCAGUGUCUCAGACCUUGCCCCGCCACGGAAAGCCCUUUUCACCUACCCCAAAGGAGCUGGAGAGAUGUUAGAAGAUGGCUCUGAGAGAUUCCUCUGUGAGUCUGUAUUCAGUUAUCAAGUGGCUUCCACGCUUAAACAGGUGAAACAUGGUAAGCACAAAGUGUGGUCUACUGGAUUGUGA